CAUCUGUUUACAGUGCCAAACCGGAAAUCGUUGUAAAAGCAACAUGGAAAUAUGCUUAACGAGAACUACAUGGUGACUAGCGUGUCUAUUUUACGCAAAAUCGAAAUAAAUGUGUCUCGAUUCAACUAUAUUUUCAGACCCACCCCAAAAUGUCGAAACCUGCCCUCCUAACCAUCCAUCAAGUAUUGAGAAAAAGCUUCCAUAAUCUCGAAAACCACCAAAAGAUGUGGACGAGCGUUUUAGCAGAGUGCAUCCCUCUGAUGGCAUCUCUGGAGAAUUUAGCAGAGCAAUCGAGGGCGCUUUCCAACAUCCAGAUCUCCAAUACGCCUCUGAAAGCCUUUCCAGAAGUAGAGGAACUGCUGCGUUUCAAGCUCUUGCAAGCCAUGGAUACCGUGUUGUGCAAACUCCAUGAAAAUAUGGCUUCACUCCACUCACUGAGAGACUCGCUGAGUAACCAGGUCUCAACAGUUGUCCAGUUGUAUGAGCAAAACACAGAUAGUCUGGAUUUGGUCACUGUCACCGAGCGCUCAGCCAUCAUCCCAUCCGUCGUGGACAUGCUGGAGUGGCUCCAGGAUGCUGAGCGUCACUAUCGACGACAAUUCAUAAGGAGGAAGACGCUGCUGCACACACUCAGUUCAGGCAACCUCGAUUUUUUGGGAUCUUCUACUAAGAGAUGGAAAGAGUUGGACUCUCCCACUGAAGAGGAUCGCAUCACAGAUACACUUUGCAAAGUCUCCUUCAUUGGAUCUGGCUAAAUGGCGGAGAAAAGAUGAGUGCAGUGCUUGCACUCUCAAAGUAACAAUGCAAUGGACAGCUGAAAAUAAUAGGAUCCUGUUUUGUUUUUCUCAAACUUAAUAUAUUUCA